AGCAAGCGCUACAACAUGCGUUUAUGCUAAAGUUAAAUUUACUGAAAUUGAUUUCAAAAAUGUUUGCUUCAAAUAAACCAAAAAUGCUAGAUGCACCGGGUUCAAAAAUUAAAAACUCACGACAGCAAUUUGUAAACGCUUUGAACGUAAGUUUCGAUACCGCUGAGAGCUUACUACAAAAAAAUUACGUGAUGGGUAAAAAUUUAAAGCAAACAAAAUUGCCUUUCGGAACCUCGGUUAAAAGGUCAAAAAUUGAAGAUGAUUGUAACGGCAUACCUAUUGCUCCACAACAAUACGGGAAAUCGGAACUCUUUUUGCUGCCACUUCCACAUUCAAAAGAAGCAUUUUCUAUCCAAAGGAAAGGGAGUUUAAAUAGAACUAUGGAUGUUGUUAUUGAUGAUUCACAUGAAAAUAACUCUCGAGAUUUUAUUAGAGAAUUGCCAGCGAAUAUCCCUAACAUUAAUCCAAUAUUACUAAAGAAUGGCCGAAGCAAACUAGCGUUGAUGGGUCGCAUCGAUUUUUGUUUAAAAAUGCAUAAAGUUCACCCGACAAUGGACGCAUUAUGGGAUGUCUACGGGCAAUUAAAGAAGGUAGUGAGCGGAAAGUACCAAGGUGAAAAUAUUUUGUUGUUGCGCAACUCAGAUGGAGGGCCUAUACUUCAAAGUAUUUAUUAUGACUUUACUUUACGUGGAUUUGAAUCGGGAUGCUUUUUACGUGCCAUCGGACGCUUUGUUGGAGAAAAUCGUCUGCAGACGUUUAAAUUACAAAAACUCGAGAAGGAAAAUUACAUGCAGUGGAUUCAGAAUUUUAACCGAAUACAUAAUGUUGCUUCGUUUGCCUUGCUCCAAAAUCGGCAAUGAAUAAUAAUAAAGAAAUAGAAG